AUGAGUGUUUUGCUCAGCAUGCACAGUUCACAAACAACCGGCGGGAUACCCAAGCACCUGAUUGGUUCAUUCACAUACGAGGGUUCAGUCGCUUCAGUCGAAGGAUGUUGUUCCGAUACUGGCACUACCGCAUUUGGUACCAGAGUCGGGAAUGAAGGAACUGUUGUAUCACAAACAUGUGUGAGCCUCCCGCCAAAGUUCAAUUCACCUUGUGUUGGCCAAUCAAGUUCACUGCACUCGCCUACUGUUAGCUACAACCUUAUGGGUCUUGUUCGACCGGAGUUCUGUGGCGACGAGGGAAAUCUAAUGGACAACAAUUUCGUCACCUCAUCAACUGUGAACACCAAGAACGGUCGUUUGUUCACAGACUCAACCAUUCCAUACAGUCGUUCAUCACCUUCAGUCGGCGUUUUCCCUUCACGAACGUUGCCCUACAGCAGUCCCAUUUCUGACAACAAUUCUUCCACGAGGGUGGAUCGACAUGACAAUGUUCCCUACUCAAAGUACAAUUCUUCCCCCAAUGAACCAUCGAAUUUCCGCACCGAAAACCGAGCUCUGUCGAACUAUCCAGAGGAGACAUACAAUUCUGAAAGUGAUAUGUCUCAAAUGGGCGAUCCACUGUUCAACUAUCAGCAGUUGGUUCUGAACAACCGCAGAGGAAUAUCUCUAAGUAGUGGGCUAUUAGAGAACAUGGAGUAUAACCCAGAUCUGGGAUGUCGAAAGAUAGCCGAUUCCCAGGGUCCCUUUGAAAUGGGUAGUUUAGAGAAUGCAUGGAAAGAUACCGGAUUCCCCACAGCCGCCCAAAACGUGCACCCUUUUGGGUUGAACAAAUACAGUCCACCUCUGAAUGUGGACCUACAUCUGCCCACCAACGAUAAACUCAGCAGUCGCAUUGACGACGAUUCAAACUUUUGUGAUAUGAACGGAAAGUUGGUUAUGCAACCGAGUAGGCUGCAAUUCGGUAUUGUCUCUGGUCACGGGAGCAAUUCGAACGCCUCCCAACCCGCAGCGCAAACCACCGUGAUAUACCCUUGGAUGAAGCGGGUUCAUUCAAAAGCCUCCAAACAGUUUCUUCAAAAGAACUCCCGAAAAUCUCAGUCGAAGCAAUCAGCGAACAAUCCUAACAAGGGUUCGGCCAGUGCGAAACCAAACACGACCGAGGAGGCGGUUCCAGAUUCCAGUACUUUCGCGCGGGAAACGGCAACCGCCAAGUCCACUUCUGGAAAGUUUGACGUCAAUGAAUCUCCCACAUGGACAGAAGAUGAGACCGUCGGUGAACUUGGGGCAAACAACUCCAAAAAGUCCGACACGACGUUUGGAGAUGAAAAUGAAUCGGACAGUGAGGAAUUCGCUUAUCUCAGUCAAUCAACAGACACAAAACGAACAAGAACAGCCUACACUAGGCAACAGAUUCUUGAGCUUGAAAAAGAAUUUCAUUAUAAUAAAUAUCUGACGCGCAAAAGACGCUUGGAAAUCGCGCACACCCUGACCCUAUCAGAAAGACAAAUCAAGAUUUGGUUCCAAAAUCGACGAAUGAAAUGGAAGAAAGAACACCACUUACCUGGAAUGAAACAGAGGCUAAUCGAACCCAGGUCACCGGUAACUUCCAGAAAUCACCAUCUAUGCCCCUCACUUGUUCAAUCCAAUGUAUCUACCCUUCCGAUGGGGACAAUGAAACUUCCGCAAGAUUAUCGUGCUCUGAUAGAUCCAGGUAUGUGUCGAGUACCCGCGGAUUUCACCUACGCGCCGUUUCCAGCCAUGUCAAACCCCAUUCCACCUUCCGAUCAAUGGUCCAGCACCUUAGGCCAUCCAAUGUCUUUCAGUUCGAACGCCUCUUCUACCGACACCGGUCCAAAUUCCGUAAUACCUGGAACCAACUUUCCGUACAACAGCGAUGCAUACGGUUCCGUUGUGACCUCGAUCGGGCCUGUGAGUGCCCAACAAUACUCACGUAGUCCACACGAUCAGACCGAACAAUCCUCAAACAGUCAGCCUUCACACUCUGUUAUUACUUCCGUAUCAUCCUCCGGCGGCUUGAGAUACAAUGUUUCCAAGACGAAUUCUUCGAGAGAAUUCACGCCUGACCUCGUGUCAGCACUGGCCACGAGCAAACUGAAAUCAGUGCACAGCUAUACGUGUGCACCCAAAUCCAGUGGACUGAUAAACAUUUCCGGUCUUACAGGAGACAGGUCCUAUCCACUAUUCGGAGGUGGGAAUAGCACCAGUAACAGCAGCGUUGCAAGUAGCGCUCAGAGUAGUCAUGAAACAGUGGACUGA